ACAACAAGGCAAAGCUUCUUUCCCACUUUCUAUUCUCUUUGACUUUGCAUUAUUUUUUCACAGACCCUCCGUUAUUUGUAUUUGAAAUCGCUGCAGAAUCGAACUCAGCGAUCUCAUUAGAUCUUCAUUUGUUGCACCCCAGUUGGAAAAGAAUCGAACUUUGGAUUUAGGUUUCCGAUUUUCGAACACUGUCGAUGGAGAACGAUGUAGGGUCACCGCAGGGUCCGGUCGCGUGCGGGUCGUGGAUUCGGAGGCCCGAGAACGUUAACUUGGUGGUGUUGGGAAGGUCCAGACGUGGCAAUUCUUGUCCUUCUCUGCUCCAGAUUUUCUCCUUCGAUCCAAAGAUUACUACUUUGUCCACCUCUCCUCUGGCCACACAUGUGUUGGAAGCAGAGGAAGGUGAUCCUAUUGCUGUGGCAGUGCACCCUAGUGGGGAUGAUAUUGUCUGCUCUUUCAGCAAUGGUAGCUGCAAAUCAUUUGAGCUGUAUGGUCGUGAAACAAACAUGAAGUUGUUGCCUAAGGAACUGGCCCCUCUACAGGGUAUUGGUCCUCAGAAAUGCAUUACUUUUAGUGUUGACGGAUCUAAAUUUGCUGCUGGUGGGUUGGAUGGAUAUCUCAGAAUUAUGGAGUGGCCUAGUAUGCGCAUGAUUUUGGAUGAACCAAGAGCACACAAAUCUAUGCGAGAUAUGGAUUUUAGUCUAGACUCAGAAUUUCUAGCUUCAACUUCUACUGAUGGUUCAGCUAGAAUAUGGAAGGUUGAAGAUGGUGUUCCUUUGACUACUUUGUCCCGCAACUCGGAUGAAAAGAUUGAAUUAUGUCGAUUUUCCAAGGAUGGAACAAAACCAUUUUUAUUUUGCUCUGUCCAAAAAGGUGAUAAUUCUGUCACUGCUGUUUGGGAUAUCAGCACAUGGAACAAAAUAGGGCACAAGAAGUUGAUUAGAAAGUCUGCCACAGUAAUGUCCAUUAGCCCUGAUGGAAAAUACCUUUCUCUUAAAGAUGGAGACAUAUGUGUAGUUGAAGUAAAGAAAAUGCAAAUACAUCAUUAUAGCAAGAGACUACACCUGGGUACAAAUAUUGCAUCACUCGAAUUCUGCCCCAGUGAAAGGGUUGUACUUACAACCUCACUAGAAUGGGGAGCACUGGUCACUAAACUGACUGUACCUAAAGAUUGGAAAGAUUGGCAGAUCUAUUUGGUGCUUUUGGGACUAUUUUUAGCAUCAAUUGUUGCAUUUUACAUAUUCUUUGAGAACUCUGAUUCAUUCUGGAACUUUCCCAUGGGAAAAGAUCAACCAGCAAGACCAAGGUUUAAACCAAUGAUAAGAGAUCCCCAGUCUUAUGAUGAUCAAAAUAGUUGGGGACCUGUAGAUAUGUGAUGACAUUGAUAUUAUUAUUUUGAUUUAGUCUUCAAUGCUAUUGGAUGCAGCAUCUGUAGCUGUAAGUGGUAUCAACAUUUAUUUAAGCAUUUGUAGAUUUAGGAAGUUUACUGGUAUUUACAAGCAUUUACUUUUUAAUUUUUUGGGUAAAAUUUUUGAACCUAAAGGCCAUUAUUGAAAUGUAAUUUUAGUAGAAAGUUUAGGAAUAAUCAAAUAACUUCCUG